AACGUAUGUAAACGGAUGUCAUCGUCCAGAAGAGUAAUGGCGUUCAUAGCGGACACACAAUUUUCUUACUGUUUGUCCGUUGCGUUUAAAUUUCCAUAUUAAAAGUAGAUCUCUCUAUUUGUCGAUAUAUUCGUUGAAUAAUGUUUCUUUUAAUUUCUACACUUUGUUAAUUGUGUCGAAAACCUCUUUUUUAUAUUCGGUGCAGAGAAGUGGUUGUGUACAUUUCAAGGGUUUUAUAGUGGGACAGCAUCAAAGAAAAUUCGUUCGCAAUUAAUGAGCAGAAUUAAUAACUGCAAUGGGUUCAACAUAGCAUCACUAGAAGAUAUUAAAAAACAAAUAUGUUUGUCCCUUAUUAUCCAUUUAGAUUAUAUUUUCUUUUAUAUAUUUGAAUUGAAUAUAACAUUUGACAAAUCAUUUCAUUAUGUCUGCAAAUACUCAAUUCGCAAAUCCUCCACCAGCUAUAAGCUUACCUAAUAUGUCAGUGCCACCACCAGCAACUCCAAAUUUAUCAGCUCCACCUCCUAAUUUAACUACUAUCAAUACAUCUGGGAGCUAUCAACAUCGUUAUACUAACCAUAGAGACGGAGCUCGUGGUUUUUUCAAACCAUUUAGACCUUACCAUGCUCCCAAAAUUGUUGCUGCCGGCCAAGAUAGUUUGCAAGAUGAAUUUGAUGGGAAAAGGCUUAGAAAAUCUGUUAUGCGCAAAACUGUUGAUUAUAAUUCCGCUAUUAUAAAAAGUUUAGAGAAUCGAGUAUGGCAAAGGGACUAUCGGGACAGAAGAGCUCUUCAGCCAGAUGUAAUGUAUUAUCCUGAUUUACUCCCACCACCCAGUUAUGUUGACAAUCCGAUAAAUGCAGUCACCACAAGAUUUGUGAAGACGGCGACAAAUAAAAUGCGUUGUCCCAUCUUUUGUAUGGCUUGGACACCAGAAGGUAGACGUCUGGUUACUGGUGCAUCUAGUGGAGAGUUUACUCUAUGGAAUGGCCUUACUUUUAAUUUUGAAACUAUUUUACAGGCACAUGAUAGUCCAGUGAGAACAAUGGUAUGGUCACACAAUGAGAGCUGGAUGGUCACAGGAGAUCAUGCAGGCUACGUCAAGUAUUGGCAGAGCAACAUGAACAACGUCAAGAUGUUUCAAGCUCACAAAGAAGCUAUUAGAGGACUCAGUUUCAGUCCAACGGAUCAUAAGCUGGCAACAUGCAGUGAUGAUGGUACUGUCAGAAUUUGGGACUUUCUUCGGUGUCAUGAAGAACGAAUUUUGAGGGGUCACGGAGCUGAUGUAAAAUGUGUGCAUUGGCAUCCACAGAAGAGUCUAGUCAUCUCAGGGAGUAAGGACAACCAGCAACCAGUUAAGUUAUGGGACCCAAAGACUGGUCAAUCACUCGCUACCUUGCAUGCACAUAAAUCAACAGUCAUGGAUGUUAAAUGGAAUGAAAAUGGAAAUUGGUUAGUGACAGCGUCGCGGGAUCACUUGCUCAAGUUGUUCGACCUUAGAAACUUAAGCCAAGAAGUUCAAACGUUUCGUGGUCACAAAAAAGAAGCUUCCAGCGUUGCAUGGCAUCCGAGUCAUGAAGGCUUGUUUUGUAGCGGUGGCAGUGAUGGAGCUAUUUUAUUCUGGCAUGUUGGAGCUGACAAGGAAGUGGGUGCGAUAGAACAAGCUCAUGACAGCAUAGUUUGGACAUUGGCUUGGCAUCCAUUAGGACAUAUACUUUGUUCUGGUAGUAACGACCACACUUCAAAGUUCUGGACACGGAACAGGCCUGGUGACUUGAUGAGGGACAAAUAUAAUCUCAAUACAUUACCAGCAGGAUCUGCUGGUGUUGACGAUCAUGAAAUAGCUGAUGAAGCAGCUGUAAUACCUGGUAUGGGACCAGAAGAUAGAAUCAACGCCGACGGUGAACCAGAAGAUAAAAGCGGUGGAAUUCCUGGAUUGGAUUUGGAUCAUGCCGUCGACGAAGGGAAAAAGUUUGCAAACAAAAAAGUUCCGUACAGCAAGCCGAUUCCAAGAAAUUUCCAAGCCCAAUGGAAUGAAAUGGAAGCAGAAGACAUGGAGCAAGUUGAGGCUUUGAAUGCAUUUGUGAAUCAGUUGAUUGAAACUACGCCGGGAGCAGUGCCGUUGAACGAAGUUACACCAAAUGGUAUUAUAUUGUACGGAAAAAUGAUUCCUGUUGAACCUGGUUCGAAGCUAGCGGAAGCAAUUGGUAAAGGAAACGAUGCCAUAAAUAAAUUAGUAUUUUCCGGAGAAAUAGAAGAGCUACGCGACGUUGUUGGCCCACCAGACAAUGUGGACGAGGCCGAGGAAUACUUGCAAGACGACGGCGAGAUAGAUUAUUCCAAAGUUCCCGAUAUCGAACUACCUCCACCAUUACCUAGUUCUAAGUUCGCACAAAACCCCGAGCUGCUUAAAGCUUUAAAUCGCGGUGGGAAACGGAAAUUCGACCAGCUGAUCGGUUGGAGCGACGGUGGAGCCAGCGAUAGGACGUCCAAGAUUCAUCAACCCGUUUUCGGCGGAGUAAUGACGGAAGACUCGCAGUCCAGCGAUACCGAUUUAAGGUACACUGGAAACAAAGCGAACCAGCAUUCUAACGAUAAUAACUCUUUCCACACCGGACAAGAUGAAGAUCUCAGGAAGCUCCCUCACGGUGACAAUGCGAGGAAUAUAAAUCGUGGUGACGAAGACUUGCGAUUUAACAUAUCCAGCGGACCUGGCAGGCCUAGCUCGCGUUCCGAUUACGAUGUAAGAAGUAAUUACGCCGACAAAGAUUUCAGGAGUUCGCACGGAUUCCCCUUGAAAAAACCGUUGGACAACGACAUUUACGACGAGAGAGAUCGAGACGGUAGUUCGCGAUGGGACGAUGAAAAAUCGAUGAACGAUGGCUCUCGGAAAGGAGACGGUAGUUUCUCUAGCAAUUUCGAUAAACGUGAUAACAUGCCGAUGGGCAUUGGCCCCGGCAUGAGUAAUAACAUGCCUCACUUAAGCAACAGCAUAUCCCACAUGUCCAGUCAUCACAAUAUGCAAAAUAUUAAUCCCAAUAUGCCUCCUCCAAUUCCAAGUUUAGUGCCACACCCGAAUAUGUCCCAGCAUCCUAUGCAAAAUAAACCAUUGCAUCCUGGUAUGCAAGGAAUGGACGGUCCUAUGCACAUGAUGCAUCACCCUAACAUGCAUCCCGGUUUCGGCCCGAACGGACCACCGCCCGGUAACUUUGGUCCCAACUUCAGACCACCGAAUGGUAAUUUCGGGCCGAAUCAACAUUUUAGGCCAAGCCCGUUACCUCUGUUCGGGUCAAAUCAAGGGCCCUUCGGCAAUAGUUUUCAAGGUUUACCAAACUUCAGGGGACCCAAUGCUGGCCCGCCUAAUUUCGAUAGACCGGGUUUCGGUCCAGGUUUCCGAGGUCAAAAUCCUGGCCAAAACGCGCCGAAUAACUUUAACUCGAACUUUGGUAACUUUGGGAAUAAGCUCGGACCCAAUCGUGGCAUGAACCGAGGCCCUAAUGACAAUAAUAUAGGCAGAAGCGGGUAUAAUAACCGUGGUAGAGGACGCGAUGGCGACCAACCACGUGGUAUUCGAGGAAGAGAUAACUAUUGAAACGAAUGAAGUGUCUUGGUGUGUAAA